AUGACUAAAGAUUAUACUUUUUCAUUUGCUCUAGAGUCUUAUAUUUUGCAUCCAGAAAGGUUCCCAAAAGAAGUUCUUUAUUAUGAUUCACAUGCCAGUAUUGUUCAUGAUGGAUUUCCAAAAUCAUCAUUUCAUAUAUUAGUCUUACCAAGAGAUUUAGAUUUAACACUACAUAACCCUAAUAUAGCCUUAACUUCAUCAACUAAAAGAAAAUAUGAAAAAUACAUUAGAAUAUGUAGUGAUUAUAUUUUCCAUGAAUUUAAUAAACUCUAUAGAUUAAAUCCUGUCAAUAUCAGUGAUAACCCUUGGUUUAAUUCUGUGGGUGAAAUUCGCAAUAAAAGGUUAUUUUUCAAAAAUUUUAUUCAAGUGGGUAUUCAUUCUGUGCCAUCUAUGUCAAAUUUACAUAUUCAUGUUUUAACAAAAGAUUUUAAUAAUGAAAAAUUAAAGAGAAAGAGGCAUUUCAAUUCAUUUAAUACUGAUUUUUUCGUUAAAUGGGAAAAUUUACCAUUAGCUCAUGCACCACUUGAUGAAAAGAAACAAGAAAUAUAUUAUAAUAGGAAUCAUCAUUUAAUUUGUAAUUAUUGUCAUGAUAAUUUUAAAGAUGAUUUUGGUGAUUUUAAAAAGCAUAUUACUCAAGAGUUUGAAAAAUAUUUCAUUAGAAUUGGUCCACAAUUCGCAAUUAAACAAUUAUAA